AUGCUUAUACCAUCCAAGUCAGUAAAGGAUCUUGGUGUAACCUUGGAUCGAGAACUCACCUUUGACGAGCACAUAAAUAAUGUAGUAAAAUGUUGCAAUUAUUCAUUAUGUCAGAUUUCCAGAGUUAGGCAUUUGUUCAACAAAGAACACAUUGAAGCUAUUCUCAACUCACUAGUCUUCAGCAAAUUAUACUUUAGUUCCACUGUUUGGUCAAACACAACCAAGAGAAAUGUUGCCAAGUUACAGCAAGUACAGAAUUUUGCUGCUAGAAUUGUGGACAAUAAGAAGAAAUUUGAACACAUAACUCCAACGUUGAAAGCUCUGAAAGCCAUUCCAGUAUCUGAUAAGUUGGUAUUAAAUGCGCGAUCAUGA